AUGUCUUCGCAAGACCGGAAGUACUUCCGCUUUCGUUUCUUCCGAAUUCUGGUUUUACUUAUCCUGUUUACAUCUCCAACGACAUCUGCAACGAAUGGGCUCAGCGUGCCAGAAAUCUGUCCUAAACUAGAAAGGGCCUUGAAGCCAUCCCAAUCAGACGACGAGCUCAACAAAUUACUUAUCAAAUUCCUGGCUUCAGUGGAAUGGCAACAGUUAUCUUCCUUUGCCAAACAAAACCUCCGAGGACUGAUCAAGGGCAUACCACCUAAAAUUGCAAAUUCUGCAAAGGGAAGUCUUGUUAUCGUGUCUGUGCAUUUAAUAUUCUUAAGUAAUAACCUGUACGAACAGGCUGUUAUCUUAACUGAAGACUGCAAGCAGCAUCGGGAUAAGUUCGAAGAGUUACAGACAGAAAUGGGAGUUGUACAACAAGCGAUAAAAACAAAAUUUUCCUCAUUGUCAAAGAGCAUCGACUUUGCCACGAUGUACGAGCGAAUCGAGGAAGUAAUAAAAAUCCUGGAUGAUUUUCACAGAAAGCUCGAGGAGAUAACUAAUGACGUAAAAAAAAGUCUCAUCAAAAGUCAACAUAAUAAACCCUGGGCCAUUUGGUACAUUGUUGCUGCGACAGCCGCUUGUUCUAGUUCCUUUUACUUUACCUCUUUGUGGGUAAGAGGUUUAACAUGUGUAACUUCCACUGGAGUUAUUAUUCAGUCUUUCACGAGUUUUUUUUUACUUGACAAAUGCAGUGAAGAACUGAACCAGUUGCAGAACGAAACGAAAAAGCUAAGGCAAGAUUUAGCCGGCAAUCGAACUCAGCUUAGACUUCAACUUGCUUGGAUGAAAGGGCCACCAGUGGACAUUCACAUCAAAAGCGAGGGCUGUGAAGAUCCAAAACGACCUAAAAACACUUGUGGUUUCGCUAAUAUCACGGUGAAGAGAACGGACUACUCUCUUCACGGCAGGGGAUACAACGUUGUAGUUGUUGAUGGCACAACAGGUGAAGUUCUCGAAAGUAAAACAUUUGAUACGCAUUGGAACUCCACUGCUGGUGAUCACCUUAAGGAAUAUCUCAACAAGCUCAACGGAAAUAAAAUCGUUUUAGUGGCGAUUCAAGAUGAAGGUUCAAAUUACGUAAAAUCAGCACUUGACGCUCUCAAGAGACUGGGCGCUACCGACCCUGUACUGCCGGACUUUCGAGGAUCCUUUGCGCUAGUUGGAUACGCAGGAGUAAACAAACCAUCGUGGAUUGCACAGAAAACUGCCAAGAGAGGUCUGGGACCAAGUGUGAUCUCUUUGAAAGUUCCAUUACUACCCCAGCCCCAUUAA